AGCCUCAGCUGUCAAGAAGUUCCGCAACUUCAGGAGAGCUGGGCAAGGCUGCAGCUGCCGAGCGGCGUCACACUGAAGGCACUGGCAGGGAAGGGGGCGAUUUUCAGCUUCCCUUUGCACCGUCUGGCUGCUGGAUUCCUCUGAGGGCCAGUGUAGCCUGCUAUGUAAUUACAGCGCUGCCCACGGGCACCUCGCCAGAGGAGCGGAGAGAGGCACCAGUGCAGCUCUCAUGCUUCCUGAAGUGGCCCUGCCCUGUUGCUCGCUUGGCAGCCAGUUGGUCUCGGCUUGGAGGAUUGGGCCUCUCAUGGUGUUUGUCGCCACUGCUGCGAGGCCAGCCUGCUGCCACCCACUCUGGCUCCUAGGAUUUGUGCUGCUGCUGCUGCUGCCCGGGGCUUGCGGUCAGUGUGGGGCCCUGCCAAGCCUGAGUCAUGCCACCCCUUCUGGUACCAAUCACACAGAGGGCUUCCCUAUCGGCACAGAAGUGACAUACAAGUGCAGUGCUGGCUUUGUUAAAAUCCCAGGAAAGUCAGACACUGUCGUUUGCCUUUCAAACUCACAGUGGUCAAACAUAGAAGAGUUUUGUGGUUGCAGCUGUCUUGCCCCGCCAAGGUUAAAGUCUGCUGUGUUAAGUGAUGAGGAUUCGAGGAAGAAUUACUACCCUGUUGGGACCAAUAUACCGAGUAAAGGGGAGAACUUUCAUCCAGUGUUUGCUUAAAGGAGAUCAAGUUGAAUGGAGUGAACUUCCAACUUGUGAAUCGAUUACUUGUUCUCCUCCUCCUAAUAUUACCAAUGGGAUGCACAAUGGCAACAAUGGGGAAAUCUUUGUCUAUAACUCAUCGGUAACUUACAAAUGUGGUGAUAAUUUCUCACUUACUGGAGAGGCUUCCAUUCACUGUACAACUAAAGAUAACGUCAAUGGAGUCUGGAAUGGGUCUGCCCCUGAAUGCAAAGUCAUAAUUACCACAGACAAACCCACAACUGUCCCUCCCAAAGGAACAGAAGUAACUGACACUUCCUCAGGUCAGUGUGGGGCCCUGCCAAGCCUGAGUCAUGCCAUCCCUUCUGGUUCUGCGCUGAAUACAGCUGGCAACUCUACUGCACCUGAAGGUGGAGGGCUUGGCAUACUCAUUGACAUAGGCAUUGGCACCGGUAUUGGUAUUGUAGUUCUUGGUGCAGUUGCUGCAAUUAUACCAUUGGCAGUUUUGAAGAAAAAUAGGAUGAAGGUUGGUGCUAGUUAAUGGCCUACAAAUUAACAGACAAUAUUGGAAGAAGAGAAUGGAAAAGUUUUAGGAAAUAAGCUUCAUACAUUUGCACUGAAUUUCGGUAGUGAAAAUAGACCCCUCUCAGGCACUUUCACUACAACUUUUCUCCUUUGAACUGGACUUGUAAUUGGAAUCCACUGCAUUUGAAAAAAGCAAAAAGUAAAAGGGAAGUGGAUCAUCCCUUUUGUCUUUAAAAACUGGUUUCUGAAGCAAGCAAAGGCAGUUGGCAGCAUCAAAAUUACUUGCUGUUCUGUACACGCAGCUGGCUCCUUAUUCUGACUCUCCAUAGUGCUAAAUGUUUCACCCGUUAAAGAACGUGUUGGCCAUCUGAGUGUGGCAUAGUUUGGAUUGUGGGUUUUAGCUGAAGGUGGCAAGAGAGCCUGUUUAGAUGCCUGCUUACAGGCUUCCAUCAUGAUGUGCGUAAUAUUAGUCUUUAAAUCUAAAUGUCAAAGUGCCAGACUCUAAAUGGAAUGUUGUGGAUUCUUGAUGUGACAUUUCUUCAGAUUUAGUUUUCAGCUACAGAUGUUUGUUGAAGUGAGAAUCUCUUCAAAUAAAUCUACCUUUCGUUCCCAGCUCUAUAACUUCGGUUUCUUUUUACAAAUUUGAGAUAUAGUGUCUCCCCUAAGAGAAAAGAGUGAAGUGUGUGAAUUUACGUGGGGUUCCAGAGAUGUUCAGAAUACUCAUCACUGAGUUUUUAAUAAAAUGUACUGAAAAUAAGGCAUCCUGUUUCUUCCCCCACACUCAACUAGCACUUUAUAAGAAGUAAGCAAUGAGAUCAAAAGUGUACUCCAUAGCAAGUUCUCCAGUGGUUUAGUGACUAAAUUUAAUGUUUGUUUAAUUUAAUGUUUUAGUAAUAAAAUGUCUUUGGAGGUCUGAAAACAAGCUUUUUAAAUUCAGGAAAUGGCACUCUCUGCUGGUAAAAUGGAGGUGAUUGUAAUCCAAUACCUUAUUAUAACUUAUUUUAUAAUUUAAAACAUGUUUAUAUUUUUUAUAAUCCCAGCUAUGUUGAGUUUUGCAUAAAUCUUUCCACAGGUGGUGAAACUGUAACUGAAGGAAUUUGUGGGAUUUAUGAUGUCAUCUUUUUAAUGUAUUUUUCUUAAAUAAAAGGAAUACUGAAUGAAGACUCUAGUAUC